UAUCACUAGGGGCAUUUGUUGGGGGCGGAGCUCCGACGGGAGCUGCCAGGGAGUCGUAGGUUCCUAGAGUACGGUUGAGACUGAGCAGCCGCUGAGAGGAGCACCCCGGUGACCAUGAAGGAAGAGAAGGAGCAUAGGCCUAAGGAGAAGCGAGUAACCCUGUUAACACCCCCGGGGGCUUCAGCCAGUAGCUGUGGGGCUUCGGGGGACAGCGCCAAAGGGGAGGAUAAGCAUGAUCGCAACAAGGAGAAGAAAGAGGCGCUGAGCAAGGUGGUAAUUCGAAGAUUACCUCCUACUUUGACCAAGGAGCAGCUUCAGGAACAUCUUCAACCUAUGCCUGAGCAUGAUUAUUUUGAGUUUUUUUCUAAUGAUACUAGUCUGUAUCCUCAUAUGUAUGCCAGAGCAUAUAUCAACUUUAAGAACCAGGAGGACAUUAUUUUGUUCAGGGAUCGGUUUGAUGGUUAUGUAUUCCUUGACAAUAAAGGUCAGGAAUAUCCUGCUAUAGUAGAAUUUGCACCUUUUCAAAAAGCUGCGAAAAAGAAGACUAAGAAAAGAGAUACUAAAGUUGGGACUAUUGAUGAUGAUCCAGAAUAUAGGAAAUUUUUGGAAAGUUAUGCCACAGAUAAUGAAAAAAUGACAUCUACUCCAGAGACACUGUUAGAAGAAAUAGAAGCCAAAAAUAGAGAAUUAAUAGCUAAAAAGACAACCCCACUUUUGAGCUUCCUGAAAAACAAGCAGAGAAUGAGAGAAGAGAAAAGGGAAGAAAGAAGGAGGCGAGAAAUAGAACGGAAAAGGCAAAGAGAAGAAGAGAGAAGAAAAUGGAAAGAAGAGGAGAAACGUAAAAGAAAAGAUAUAGAAAAGCUGAAGAAGAUAGAUAGAGUUCCAGAAAGGGACAAAUUAAAGGAUGAACCAAAGAUUAAGGUACACAGGUUUCUGUUACAAGCUGUGAAUCAGAAAAAUCUGCUCAAGAAACCAGACAAAGGAGAUGAAAAAGAAUUGGAUAAAAGAGAAAAAGCCAAGAAACUGGACAAAGAGAAUCUGAAUGACGAAAGAGCCAGUGGGCAGAGUUGCACACUGCCCAAGCGUACUGAUGGCGAGCUUAAAGAUGAAAAGCUGAAGAGACCUGAAGAUGAGAGUGGCAGAGACUACAGGGAGAGAGACCGGGACUAUGAGCGCGAGCAGGAGCGCACACUCAGAGAGAGAGAGAGACUAAAGCGUCAAGAAGAGGAGCGCCGCAGGCAGAAGGAGCGCUAUGAGAAAGAGAAGGCUUAUAAAAGAAAAGAAGAAGAAAUUAAAAAAGAGAAAGAAGCACUUCGGGAUAAAGGAAAGAAGAAUGAAAGUACAGAAUCAGUAAGCACAGCGGAAAAAACUGAAAAGAAAGAGGAAGUGGUUAAGAGAGAUCGCAUAAGAAACAAGGACCGCCCAGCAAUGCAGCUUUACCAACCAGGAGCUCGAAGCCGAAAUCGACUGUGUGCCCCUGAUGACAGCGCCAAGUCCGGAGAUUCUGCAGUAGAAAAAAAGCAGGAAAGUGGUAUUAGCCAUAGAAAAGAAGGAGGAGAGGAGUGAUAGAUUAGAGUGGCUGUAGGUGUCCUGACUGUCUAGGCAGCCAAAGAGCACGUAUUACGCACUCCAGAAGUGCCUUCAGGGCAAAGGAAUAGAGAAAGAGAAAGGGUCGCUGUGCCGGUGGGAUACACUGCAGAGGAGUAUGUUUUGCGUCAAAGCAGGAAUUUAAUUGCAGGCUCAGAAUUGGAAGUACGAUUUCAUUGUUUUUGCGAUUUCUCCAAAUUAAUUUUACAGUGUCAGAAAAAGAUGAUGGUGAGGAUAUGCACUACCAUUUGUAGGCAGGAAAUGUCAAGUGAGGACUUAAUUUUGUAUGACAGGAGAAAAAAAAGAGCUGGCUCUAAAAUCAAAAGGUGUUAUUAAUCCUGGAUUGAAUAUUCUUGGUUUGAGUGGAGCAGAGUCACUUUGAAGUCUUGUUCAGAUCUAGUUAUUUUGCAUUGUUGGUGAUAACUGUUGACUUUGUGUAGUGUAGAAGCAAUAAGCAUGUAAUUUUGGUACACGUAUAGUGAAAAGUAUAACAUUUUCACUGAUGCAAAAAUUUAAAUAGUUGUGUCUAUAUCCUGUGUCCCAAAAUUUUAGGAUUAAUUUUAUCCUUUUGUUUGCUUACAUGAGCUUAGCAUCAAUAAUAUUUUUAAACCGCUCAUUUUGCCUUUAGGAUUUUUUCUACUAAUAGUUAAAACACAGUCCCUGUUUGGUUCUUGACAAUCCAGUCUUUGUUUUUAUCUUAGGUCUCACGAUCUUAGAUGAUUGCAUACUCUCUCCAGGAAGGAAACCACACUGAUAUCUGUCUUAACUUGUCUUGUAUCAUUGUCAAUAAAUACCAACAGCACGGAAGUAUGAAGCUAAGUGUGUUUAUAUUUGU